AUGCGACCCGCACUUAUCUUCAUAUUGCCGCUGUUUCUACUUGUGAUGCUAUCGCCACUUGUGUUUCUUCUUCCUGCGGACACGAAUGACCGAGUUGGACUCGCUGUGACUGUUCUUUUGGCAACCUCAGUGUAUAUGACUCUUGUUGCGGAUAAACUACCAGAUUCAUCCGACCCUAUUCCUAUCAUAAUCAUUGUUUUCUUUCUCUGGUUCAUAUACAAUGGGUUGAUAGUCGCUCUUGUGUUGCUAAACUUGCAGGUAUUUUACAAGGAUGAAAAAAAUCCGGUUCCUGGAUGUGUUCAAAGAAUUGUAUCGUUUAUAAAUCGAGUGUGCUGCACCAAGCCAAAGCAGGACAACUCAUCGGAAAGUGGAAUAACAGAUAAAAUGCAAAAUGAUGGCGAUGAUUCAGAACCUGAUAAACAUAACGAAGAUAAAGUUAGCAAUAUAACAUGGCGCGAUGUAAGCAAGGCUCUCGAUAAAAUAUUGCUGGUUACUAUGUACGGAAUUAAGAUUGGCUUUGAUGUAACGAUCUUCCUCAUUUUAUAUACUGGUGAUGACGACAAGACAGGGGAAGAACAGAUAUACGACAAGCACAUAAUAGAAUACAUUUACGGUAACAGAGACUCAAUGAGACCUUACCGCUAUUAA